GCGCUCGUCCCUGCUAUGUGCAAUAUGUCCUUGCUGUGAAUGUUUGUGCUUUUCUGUGUGUGUGUCUCUCUCUCUCUCUUCCCUGCAGCUGCGGUGGGCGUGCGAGCCUCUGACCCUCGAUCGCCCACUUUCUUUCUUGUUUCUUCCCCUCUCUCUCUCUCUCUCUGUUUGGCUACAGCUGCUUUUUGGGGGCUAUGGAUGGACUGCGCUUACCUCCACUCAUCGAGGAAGCACUGGACUCUACAGAUGACCCGUGUGAUCUGAAAGCCGACAGCAGCCCCACCAUGGACAAUGAGAUGACCGCCAAAGAACGUGGCGUGCUGGAGGACAACGAGAAGGAGGAGGUGGAUCGGGGAGAGAGGGGUCCAGAGGAGGAGAGCCUGACGGAGGAGCAGGAGCUGGAGGAGCUCAGGGCACAGGUGGUACAACUGCUACUGGAGCUGGAUGAAGCCCGGGAGACGUCCAAUAAGCACCAAGAGAGUUUCCAUGAGCUGCAAGGCCUGUUGGAGGAUGAACGUCUGGCCAGUGCCCAUCAAGCUGAGACCUUCACACGCCAAAUCCAGAACCUGCAAGCCCAGCUCCGGUCUGUGCAGGAGGAGAUGAACAGCCUGGAGGAGGAGAAGGAGAGUGAGCUGGCAGAGGCGCAGGAGGAGCUGAGAGUGGCCCAUGAGGAGGUGAUUUUGCUGCAGCAGGCGGCCGAGGAGGCAGCGGCCGAGCGUGAGAACGACAUCGCCAGUCUGCAGGAGGAGCUGUGCCGGCGCAGGGCCGAGCUACAAAGGCUGAGUGAGGAGACACAGGCCUAUGAGCUGGAGAUAACCACUCUGCGAGCCGAAAUCAACAUGAAGAGCCAGCGCAGGGAGGCUGAGAGAAGAGAGGGAGAUGUAGACUUAUUAAAGGAGGAGUGCCGUGUGUUGAAAGAGGAGUGUGAGACACUGAAGGAGGACAACAGACGGCUCUCAGAGAAACUCCAGCUGCUGCAGAGACAGAGGACCAGCUCCAGUGUGUACCUGUCUCUGAAGGAGGAGGACAGUGACACCCCUGAAGGCAAAAGUCUGGACUCAGAGGAGGUCCUGACGGAGAGCUACAUGACCAUGGCCCACUCAGAGAACUGCCACUUACGGGACGCCUCUAUCCAGAAGAACAUCUCCUUUGACGGGAAGCCAAUGACCCCCACCACCUGGAGCGGGGGCAUGGGUGAGAUCCUCUCCCUACGGGACCAGCUCAAACAGGCUGAGGAGAAGGCGCUGCAGGUUCAGAGGGAGUGCGACAGUCUGAAGGUGGAGCUGAAGGAUCUACAGGAGCUGUACGAGAGCAGUCAGAGGGAGAGAGCGGAGCUGGAGGAGGAGCUACAGCGAUGCAAGGCAGAGCUGGAGAAACUGUCCGGAGGGUCCCAGAGAUUCAUCCAUGCGUCUGAGCACCCUGUUCUCUCCAUCCCCUUCAUAGGAAUGAUUGUAAUAGUGGCUGUGGUCUGGUGCUGGUUGUCGGAGCUGGCGUCCCAGAGAGCAAGGGGGGUGAGAUAGGUUGGGGCUCCAUUUUGACUGUCACUGCAGCCACAGCAGUGCUCCUAAUGAUGACUAGCUUGUUGAGAGCUCUUGUCCGCUGCUGAUUGGAUGGCAACAAUCACUGCACAGCGAGGACACACACCCCGGUAUCUCUCCUGCCAUGUGUAUAGACUGCAACUUUUUUGUAAAAUAUAAUAUAAACGAAUGGGGAAAUGGUGUCCCUAUAAUGAGAAGGUACUUCAUGCAGACAGACGGAGCAAAAUGCCCGGGCCUCGCUUGAGUGGCGUCCGAUGAAAUUUGUGCAGAUGAAGAUGACCCAGACUGACUCUUCAUAUUGUAUGCUAGUGCUGUGUCAUUGUCUGUGCAUAACUCUUUAGCGGAAAAUACAAAUGAAGGUUUUACUGUUGUGCUUCUGACGUUUUUCAAUAAUUUAAUUUAUUUAUUUGGACGUUUUGUUCAUAGCUUUCUUUGAUAAUACUGACAGUUAUAGGAUCUGCACUUUGAAUGCACUGAACCAACACAGUCCCUUUAAUAAACAAGCCAUUGGUUGCUUGUUUAUUUUCUUUCACAUAAUAAUUCACUUUCAAAUUACCUCAAAAUAUUAAACGUAAUGUCCACUGAGUGUUCUGAUAGUGCGGCAAAUAGAGUUCAGCCUCAAUAAGCACCUGUCAAUCAUCUGUCGUGGUGACCUUUAACCUUUAGUAAAUGGGUUUUUCUGUUAUGUGCUGUGUUAUGUCUUGCUGCACAUCAGCGCCAAUAUUGCAACAAGUCCAAGGAUAAGGCUCUCUCUGCAUUAUACACAAUCAAUUCUCAAAUACUACUGUUGACAAAUGGCUUAUUCUUAUUUUAUACAAAUGGCUUAUUUCAUUUUUUCAUCCCGUAUGGAAAGCUAUGAAAUACAUUUUUAAAGGUACAGAAUUUUUAAGCCACUAUUUUUUGUCUAAAUAUAGCCCAUGUUGCAUUAGUACAAAGAAAUAAAAUGCCAGAUAUAAGUAUGUACGAUAAUGGAGGUUCAAAAUCUAGCCAUAGUAUUUGAUUAUCAACAACUAAAACUAAUUAUGUAUUCCUUAUUGACUCCUCUUAUUUUCUGCUAUAUCCUCAGUGAUACAGACAGAUUUUUGGAUUCACUCUAUUAACUAAUAUUCUCAAUUGGGUUAUUACAGACCUGAGAAUUUAAUUAAAAUCUCAUCAUUACUGUUUCAAACAUGUACCCCAUGAAUAUAAAUAUGUAUGGUAAUGGUCAUAAAAAACCCUGUGCGGAGAUGAAGAGUCACAUACUAAGUCUAGUUACUUCCAAACAAAGAUUAAUAACUGAUAUACUGUAUGUGGAUAUAUGUUUACAGUUGUGAAAUUUUGUUAUAUUUGUGAUAUAUUUUAAAAGUGAAAAAGCAUGCGGCAAACCUUAGAGAAGCACAAUCUAUAAUUUAUGUUUUGUUGCUUUGUAUUUGAUGUAAAUAGAUGCAACAUAUACAGUGCAGACCUAUGGGAGAGAUACUGUAUUUCUUAAACCCAUUUGUACUAGCUUUGUAGAAAGGUGAUUAUUUUUUGGGAGAGCAAAUGUAUAUUUGAUAUCUAAAUGAUAUGCUAUGUUAUAAAUGUUUAUUAUUUAUGGUGAUGUUGCUCGGACAAAGUCAUUUCAGUGACUAAGCUUUAGAACCUCUUUGGUCGUGCUAUCCAUGCGAGUACAUUUGUUAAGUGGUGUGAAGAUCAAAUCGCAAACACAAUUUGCUCAAAACCUGUUAACAAUCACAGGUGUCUAUAUGUAUUCAUCAAGCAUUGCAUGAAUUUAUGGGAACAUUUUCUGUAUCUAAUGAAAGAACUUUUUCCUGCAAUUUCCAAAUAUGUUGAUUUCCACCAAUCCUACCAGACCAAAAACUGUAUUAUUUUUGCACAUUACAACUGAAUGAUUUAAGUGUCUACACAAUAUAAUAUUUUUAAUCUUUUUGCAUCAUAAACUUGUGACAAUCUGUAAACAUUGUUGUAACAUUAAACAGUGCAUUCGAGUUAGGUCAUUCUUAACACCUUAUUUUAUUUAUUUAAUUUUGAUUUAUUGCAGUUGGACCAGCCCAGUAUCACCCAUCCCUGCACUAAUUACAAACAAGCAUUGCUACUUAAAACCCAUGUCUGCAGCAACCUCUUGUGUAAGUACAUACCAUCAAACACUUCUAUAUCGCACUGUUUCUCUGCUUGCUGCUUACAUGUAUUAGGAUUGAUGUUUGCAGUGUUAUAGGUGUGGCUAUUUUGUUACCUGGAGGUCUAUUUUGUACUGUAAAUGACUUGAAGAAAUAAAAAUACCUUCCUUGCAAAACUGACUAAA